AUGUUCAUUGACUGGAACGAGGAGGAGUUCCAAUCAACAUUUUUACAGACAGACACUCCUUUCACUGAUUUGGAAGACGAAAAUUUAAUGGAACAUUUUAAUUCUCAAAUUGAGUUGCCUCCUCUUCCCCCUACUUCUUCUGUUAUGGAGCCAAUGACCGAUCCAACAUCUUGGUUUUGCGAGGGAUCGUUGGGUGCAGAGAAUCUCAAUUUUGUUCCUAAUACGCUGUCCCAAUCACUACCAAACACACAAUUAAACAACCCUUUAUCAUCUGCGGAUGGGUUAAUGCUUGAUGGACCUGUUUCAUCUGUUCAAAGCCCAGAUAUGACCCUAACGGAUUACUUCAAUCAACUUUCUCACUUGCAAAAUGAGAAUUCGGUUCCGCCUCAAGAUGAUGAGAGAAACUCUAUGCUUCAAGGUUUGAUACCUACCAGAACUGAAAAUAAUGGUAUCGAAAUCAAUCAACCACUCUCUCAUCCAGGAUUGGUCCACCCAAACCCUGGACAGCCAAGGGCAGGGAAUGCCGAACGAUCAUACCCUAGUGGGCCAUUAUUUGUCCCAACCCAAACACAUGGGUUUUCGGGUUUCAAUGAUACGAGUAACUCUCAUCCUGCAGGGAGUUCUAGAUCUGAACACUUUCAAUUAUCUGCUAGUGAUGGCUAUGGUGCACAAUACGCACCGAACUACAGCUACACGCAGUACGAUUCCAUUGCUUAG